AAAGAAAUCUGUAUUAUUGGCCCAAAGUCAGCUGAUAAAAAAUUGAGGUUAUGUAAGAUAUUUUUUUGACAUGUGACAUUCAAAGUCGAAAGUGUAUUUUAAAUAUACAUUGUAUUUGAUAAUGUAGAUAAAGCGUAUCUAAUAAUUAUCCGUUGUACUUUUAGCAUUGCAAAAUGUUACGCAGCUAACUGUAACUAUCAAAGAUGAGAGAGGACCCAUUCGAACAUAUAUUGCACCACUGGAAAAGAUUUCGAAUUCGACAAUAAUAUACCGCUGUUGAGAUGGACUUUUACACUGUGGUAGAUGAGAAAGAUAUGGAUGAACCGAGCAGUCAAUAUAUAAAAACCAUAGAGUGGGAUAUGAUGGACAAAACAAAGUUUUUUCCACUGUCCAUGUUGAGUUCUUUUACUGUUCGUUGUGCAUUGUAUCCAUUAACCCUCAUCAAGACUAGACUGCAAAUUCAGAAACAUAACGACUUAUAUACGGGUAUGUUGGAUGCAUAUGGUAAGAUUUACAGAUAUGAGGGCUUCACAGGCCUGUAUCGGGGAUUCUGGGUAUCUUCAGUACAAAUAAUAAGUGGUGUGUUCUAUAUUUCCACGUACGAAGGCGCGAGGCAUAUUUUGAAACAGCAAAACGUAAAUUCUAACGUAAGAGCCUUGAUUGCUGGGGCUGCAGCUUCUCUAGUAGGGCAGACGAUCAUAGUGCCAUUUGACGUGCUCAGUCAGCAUCUGAUGAUGAUGGGUGUCAAUGGUCGAGAAGAAAAGAAUUUCAACACGCUAGGCCUCAAGAUCCAACCGGGCCGUAGUAAAUUCGCGCUAACCUUGGACGUAGCGCGGCACAUUCUGAAAGUGGACGGCAUAGCAGGUUUCUACCGCGGGUACUGGGCGAGUCUGUCCGCGUACGUCCCAAAUUCGGCUCUCUGGUGGGGCUUCUACCAUUUCUACCAGGACCAGUUGUUCGCGAUCGCCCCGACGUGGGUGUCGCACUUGUUCAUACAGAGCGUUUCCGGGACGUUAGGCGGGUUCACAACGACGGUGUUGACGAAUCCGUUGGACGUUGUCAGGGCUAGGUUGCAGGUGCAAAGAAUAGGUUCGAUGCGGUGUGCGUUCAGGGAUCUCUGGGUAGAGGAGGGUUUGAGGAUGUUCUGCAAAGGAUUGAGCGCGAGACUGAUCCAAUCUGCGACCUUCAGCUGUAGUAUAAUUAUAGGUUAUGAAACCAUCAAGCGAAUAUCGGUGAAUGACGAAUAUAAACAGUUUAUCAAAUGGUGAUAGUUUAUUUUCUUUUUGUUAGUGUUGUUGAAAUUGUUUUAUAGAUCACUUCCUCACCGUCGAAGACGGAAAUAUAUGUAAUAUAUGUAGAGAAAUUUAUCGUGUCUUUUACGUUUACUGUACAUAGUUCAAUGAUCGUUUUGCAAUACACGGUAUAUGGAGUGAACCAAUGUGCUGCAGCUUGUAGAAAGUUGGGGGGAAGAUGAUUGUUGUUUCAUUUUUCAUUUUAAAUACAGACCGUUUUUAUAUUUACUUUGUUGUGACUUGCAAUAAAUCAUUCUUAGGUACAAAAUGUGCUUUUCAAAUUUACACUGUGUGGUAUCCUUGUCGUUCGCACUUGAACAGUAUAAACAACUGGGAGACAUCGUAAAUCAUUUUUUAUUUCAGUACGAAAUCAAACUUGGCAAAUAUCUUGCUCCACUACCAAUUAUAGUUUUUUUUCAUAAUUUAUCAGCUGUCAUCAACGAAUUCGGACCAUUUAGGGGCAAAUAUACGAUUUACUUGAAAAAAUUAAGGCUUAAAUUGCCAGUUUCACAGAUGUUCAAAUUUCAUAUUAAAACGAGGGUUAUUAAAAAAUAACUAUUAUAUCCCGUUGAUGAAUCUAACCACCAGUACAAUAGUUGAUAGGUAUCUGAUUGCCAAACAAAAUGUACAACGGUUUUUAUAAAGUCGUAUCACUAUAUAUACUAUAACUAUCUAAAACUGUAAUGACUCAUCGAUGUUCACGUGAACAUCACUUAACUACGAGUAGUCGGCUGUUCAUAGGCGGGGUAUGAAUGUUUAACAUGGGUGAACUAGAUUGGUCACAUGCUUAAUAAAGAGUGGUUUGAAACAUAUUGUAAGUCAAAAAUUUGGGAAUUACCUUUAUUCAUCGUCGCUUCCACUUACAUCUGACAGUAAUAAACUGUCGCUAUCGCUUUCCUCGUUGAAAUUGACUAUAACUGGCUCUAUGAUGGUGUCGAUGUGGUGGUCAAGCUGCCACAUUUUUGUUUCUUCCUUCACAACAUGACGGAUAGCAUUCUGCCAAGCUUCGGGCGUUACUAGCUGUAUGGAAGUCUCAAGUAAAACCUUCACUUGAGCCCAGAUGAGCUCUAUUGGGUUCAGUUCACAGUGGUAGGGCGGUAACCGCAGCACAGUGACACCACAUUGACGGGCCAUCUCAUCAGUCACGUAACUAAUGUUCGCAGGUUUGUGCGUUUAAUUUUUUCAUACAAUUCCGCUUUCACACAUGAAUCGUCAAACGGGAUUCUUUUUUCGCGCAACCGUUGCUGCAUGUCACUUUUUCGAGAUCCCAUAGUCGGUACACGUUCGGCUCGACGACUAUGGUAGGAAGCAUUAUCCAUGACGAUCACAGAGUUGAGCUCAACUCACUGAAGCACCCCUUGAAACCAGCUCUCGAUGCAGCUGGCAUUCAUUUCGUCACGGUAAUCACCUACUUUCUUAGAGACGAAUAUCAAGUCACACUCUUCUAAAAAGCCACUAUCGCUACCAAUAUGAGUUACGAUCAAUCUUUGACCUUUCCCUGUCGGUCCACGAAGACCUGUUGACAAACCUUCAAUGCUUGCUUGUCGGUUACUAACUACGUUUUUGUCUAUCCAGGUUUUUUAACUGUGUGACCUGCAUUUACCCAUGUCUCGUCCAAAUAAUAGAUUUUUCUGCUUUGUCGCCUAUAUUCAAUCAUUUCGCGUAGGUAUUUUCGACGCCAGGCGACUAUUUCAGGUCUCUCUAUCAAUACCGACUUCCGAUUAUGCGUUUCGUAAAACGAAAAUUAAUUUCGUGCAGGGAUUUCCUCAUUACCUCGACGCUCAUUUGGGGUAUAAUUUCAUUUUCCUUGAUCGCUGCAUGUACAGCCUUGAGGGUUGGUAUCUCAUUCCUAAAGAAGAAUGAAUGUACGGUUCGCCUUAACGCCAUUUUGCUAUCGUCAUCCAAUUUAACGGCCUUUCGUCCCUUCAAAUUAAACUUUGGAUCAGUAGUAGCUCCAGUUUUCUUCUUUGCAUGCACCACCCUGCGAAUGGUCCACUCUGGAACGCCUGUCAUACUUUCACAACGCGCGAGAGCAUCUCCCUGCGACAUAGUUCUGUUCAGAUAAUUGAACACGUUGAGCACGAUUUCUUUCGCGUCCCUCUUCAGUGCUUUACGAAGCCGUCUACUUGUUCCCUGGCUUUCAGUACUUCCACUCGUGCCAUUUGUACUCUCCAUGGUUAAGUAUAACCAAAACAGUAACCACAGAAACCACAACAAUAACAAUCACACAACAAUUCUUAUAAAAACACACAAUAUGCGAUCGCUCAACGAAACACGUUCCAAUGCGUUGCCGACGCCUAUGAGUCUGCCGGUCGAGGCGCGUCUGUGAUUUCAUUGAUUCUACCGGCGGAGAACAAUCAGCCAUUAUUUCCAUCUCUGUCUGUGCUGUUGACCACCGCAAAGCCACAGAAACGACAUAUGUCGUACGCUAUACGGCUGUACUGGAAGGAAGCCGGGAUCGAGCUCUGAUCACGUGUUGAUCACGCGUAUUAGUCAUUACAGUUUUAAAUAGUUGUAGUAUAGUCAAAAUCACGAAAGAUGACUCUUACGUCAUACCAUAAAUUGUACUGAAGUAAUCAAUGGACGUACGUCUAUGAUAAAAUCACGACAACAUAAUAACAACAAACUUAUAUUAUGAUUUUGCGAAGUUAUGUUAUUUCACAGAUUAUUUCUAUUUUCAUUUUAUUUCAUGGUUAUAAUAAUAAUAAUAAUUUUAGUGGGGACUUUUUGUUUUGAAAAAAACUACAGUUAUGAGUAGAAUACCUCAAGACAGGAACACCGAAGACCAAAGUAUUAUUCGAAAACAACCUAACCUGCUUUAACAUAACCUAACUAUUCAUCUUUCGAAUAUGAUCGUUUGUUGUUUGGAACAAAUCUACGGAAAAUGACGAUGAAUCAGCUGUUUCGUUGCUUUCAGAAGAAACAAUAUACUGCAAGCAAAGAAAACUUACCACUAUACUUAUUCUGAAAGGUUCCUUUGUAAAUACAGGGUGACUUUGAAGUUGAGUCAUUAAUUUUCAGAUAAUGAUUGUAGAAGGAAGAUAAACCAAAAUAUGUGUGUAAAAAUAAAAAAAAAAUUUACCUUGUUUUAUAAAGUAUCCUCCCGACAAGUAUUUCAGUGCGGACCUGUAUUUGAUCGUGAGGUCUUGGAGCACCGGCAUGCCCUCCCCUGAGAGGUCUUAAGUCACCUGAUCCACGAGCCCGUUGUACUACAUUAACAAAGGCACGAGGGGUUGGUUGCACUCGAUUGGGAAACCGAUCCGCAUAAACAUGUGCCAUUUUUUAUUUCAUUUGAGCCACGCAACAGGCACCACUAUUCAGUCACGCGUUACCGACUGACACUGACUGUAUACAAAUGAAUAAAAUAAUUGUAAAAACAUCGUUCCAAAUUCUUUCGCUUUUUUGUUUCCGAUGCGAUGAACCGAUAAGGCGGAUUAUAUCCGUUGUCGCCAAACACGAGCACAUAAUAUUAUUAUUGAGACAGGGCGGUACUCAAACUUCCAAAAGGCUAUAACUUUGUUACUUUAAUUUUACCAGAAAAAUGGUAAAGGAAAAAAACAUUUCUUUUGAUCAGAUCUACUCACUGUUAAAAUAAAUGACUCAACUUCGAAGUCACCCUGUAUAAGCAAUAACUGAACAACAUUCAUCAUUGGAUAUCGCAAUUUGUUUUCAGCAACGCCUAUUAGUGUUUUGUACUACAAAUGUGAUAAAUAAAGCACUAAUUCAUU